AUGGAGGUUCUCUUUCUCUUAGCAGCUUUGCUGCAAGAGCCAGUCUCAAGUACCUUGUACGGACCCAGAUUUCUGACAGGCAGGGUGGGAGGAUCAGUCACCCAUCAGUGCUUCUACACAAUCACGCCAGCCAACAAACACGACCGAAAAUAUUGGUGCAAAAGAGCAGAAAGCGGGGUUUGCUACACCAUCAUCUCAACAACAGGCUACACCUCGAAGGACCACGCGGGGCGAGUGUCUCUCGAGGACACCCCCCAGAACGGCACCUUCGCAGUGACGAUGACAGAGCUGAAGAAGAGUGACGCAGGGACCUACCGAUGCGGCAUCGGCACCACAAACAGGGACCUGUACGUCAGCCUGAACCUGACGGUGCUGGCAGAUGCUGUUGCGUCGGAGCUGGUCGAGCUCGUCCAGGGGGAGCUCCGUGGCUCUGUCACAGAAAGCUCUGGAGCUUUCAAAAUCUUGAUAAAUGACUUAAAAAAGGAAGACUCAGGGCUGUACGGGUGCGGGACGGGAAGACUGAGCCCUGGGGACAGCCUGCGGGUGGUGGCUCUGCAGGUGACCACAGCCUCCACCCUUCCUAAGAGACCAAAAUUCCUGAGCGGCACAGUUGGAGGCUCGCUAACCAUCAGGUGCCACUACGAUCCCAAGGAGAACUACGAGAAGAAGUAUUUGUGCAGGUGGAAGGAAGGUAGCUGCUCGCUGCUCGUGGGUGCGGACGGGUUUGUGCACGAGUCCUACAAGGGGCGAAUACAAAUAGCCAACAGCGACCAGGAAAACGGGACUUACACGGUGGUGAUGAGCCACCUGAGAGAGGAGGACGCAGGAUGGUAUUGGUGCGCGGCUAAAAACGGGCACACAGAGCACACGUCCUCCGUGAAGCUGCACAUCCAGAAAGAAACAUCUACUCUUGUGAAACCCACUUUAUCAUCGAGUCUGGCUGCCUACAGCACGCCCACGCAGAGGAGCAUCAUGGGCCUGACGUAUGCGAUGGGCACCGUCACCGAGAGCGCCAGCACCCUGGUGCCCACUGCCCCCCCCAGCACCUUCAUAACCUCCCCAAGAGAAAUCUAUCAUCAGAGCUCAUCAGGUGAAUCAAGCCUGCUCCUGGUUAUCCUACCAGCUCUCAUUUUACUGAUUUUCAUCACCAUCGCUAUUCUCGCCCUGACCAAAAUGAAGCUUCAAAAGCAGACGGGAUAA